AAUUAAUUUUUACGAUCUCUUGAAAUAAUAUUGUAUUCCUCUUAAGGCUUACGGAAGCGCUUACUUUUCGGCACAAAUCGAAAGACCCAUUCGAUCGAGUUUCGCGUCUUUGAUGAGUCAUUUCGACCUCAAAGUAUGGGUUGCCGUCAAUAGGGAUGGUCUGCAUCUCAUAUCCAAAGAGAAACCGGAAUUGUUGCUUUCGAUUGAUUACAACGACUUGUGUUGGGCUAUAGGGUGUCCACAGGACUCUUCUGAUCCCAAUUGCAUUCCCUGUCUUUUCAUUCAAAUUCCCGAAGAAAACGACAAAAACAACACUAUUUUGCAGAUAUUCUCGCGUCAGUACAAACUCAUUGAGCAGAUUCUUAACUCGUUUAUAGACGACGCGAAGAAGUCUUUAUCUGUAGAUCACGUGUCGUGUGAUGUGGUUGACGGCGGAGGACCCCUUUCGGCUGAAUCAGUGUCCACUCCCUUCUCGUUCGGUUCAAAUUCAAAGACAUUGAACCGGAAGAAGCUAUCAUUAGCCACAUUCGACAACUCCGGUCAAUGUAUCAACAAAACUGGUUCAUGGGUUAGAUCACAGCACAGGCGGACAAUCAAUUGAUUCACUUUUGGUAGUUUGCAGUCAACUGUAUUUAUACUAAAAUAUGAUAUAAUUCAUUGCAAAUACAUUAAUUUAUACGGUAA